UUGCCCUGGCCAGGGCACAGGACGCUCACAGUACAGGCUGAGGGUCAGAGCCGCCUGAGACUCCCUGCUGAGAUUCUGUGCAAAGAGCCUCGUGCUUUGGGUGCCUGUGAAGCCCCUCACCGAGGUGGUCCUACUCUGCAUCUGAGCGGUCCCACAACAAGAAGUGCGAAGUGCUCACCCCAGAGGGUGUGUGCAGAGGGCCUGGGCUGACCUCAGGGCUCUGGGGGUGCCCCACAGGACUGGCUGCCAGGGGUGGGGUGUCAGUGAUGGCCCCCUGUCGAGCCAGAGCGACCCCCUACAACCUGUCUAGGGGUCCAGGGGCCAGAAGGCCAGGUUCUCCUGGAGGUCCCAUCUUCCUUGGGCCUCAGUUUCCCCUUCUGUGACUCCAUACCCCCGAGGAGGGCCCUGUCAGGGAGGGCAGGGGGCACUGGUUAAUGUCAGGACACAGCUGUCCCAAUCAAGCCAAACCCCUGGAAUGCGCCGAGCUGGCCACACUGAGCAGGCUGGCCUCUGAGACGGAGGGACUGCCGAGAACACAGAGGCUCUGUGGAACCCAGGCCGUGGCCGUGGCAAGGAUACCCCAAGCCACAUAUGUGUGGCAGCCCUAUCCCCUCUGUGGGCCUCAGUUUCCCCUCCGUGCAAUGACGGGAGUGACCAGCUGUUAUUGGAGGCUCCUUCCCUCCCUCUCUGUCCCCAGGGUGGGCCAGGCCUCAGGUCUGCAGGGGUGCUGCAGCUGCUCCUGUGGUCCAGGCCUCGGGGAGUGAGCCAAGUGCUGAGAGAAUGUCUUGCUUGUGCCUGCUCAGCCCAGAGGGACACGUGGCAUCCGCACCUGCUUCCCACUUGGCCACAAUUGUCCUUUGAGAGCAGAGCCAGGGGCUUCUUGGGGACAGGAAGCUGCUCUCAGAAGCCACAAGACUGGUGCGGGGCUGAGCGGCAGGAAGAGGCCGGCUGGCUGCCCUCGCCCAGAGCCUUUGUGAACGGCGGCCUGGGGCAGAGGUAGCUGGAGGUGGCGGUGUCUCUUUGGGCCUCAGGCGUUGGGGCAAGGCCCGCCCGGGUUUUACCUGAGUGUUCGCCUUUAUCCCGGUCUCCACCUGGUGCCGCUGGACUCGUGAGUGUGCCUAGGUCCCGGUCGUAGCAGGCCAUGUCCCGCCUCCCUCCUUCCCUUCCCCUCCCAUCCAAUGCCCCGUGUGCCCCGCCUGGGUGGCUGGCCGUGGCUCUGACCGCUCCAUGUCCUGCAUGGUGGGCACGGGCGCUCCCACCUGUCCACAACUUUGCCGCUGCCCCGCACCUGGCUGUGCGUGCUUACGCCCCGCUCAGCCUGCCUUUGUGUGAGUCAGACCGAGAGGCCCCUGGGAAGGUCCUGCCUGCAGCAAGUAGACCCCAUGUGUGCCCCUAACCCAGGCCCUGCCCUUGUGGGCGCUGCUUGGGAGCAAACACUCAGAACAGCUGCCCGAGCCCCACUCAGCUUGGGGCUUCUGAUUCCCAAAGGUGCUUCUCAGGUGCUCCUCGGGUCAGGGCUCUGCAGGCGGGGAGCACUAGGGGUGGGGUGAGGGCACUGUGGGGCCAGCUGCCUGUGGAUGGGGUCUGGUCACCCAGCGCCUGUCCCCUGCAGGAUCCCUGGCUCUGGGCCACCCGAUGAGGUUUAGGAAGUGGCAGGUCCCCUGUCCCCAGAGAGCCCCGUGGCUCCCAAAGCUUCCUGUGGGCACACCUCUGUAACUGUUUGCAGUGGCCUCUAUUAUGGGGACACGGAGCUCCUCCUUGUUAGAGGUUUUGUGUCCGGAUUAACCACAUGCCCUCCUGCUGGGUGAAUUCUGGAUGACCCUGUAUUCUGGGCAUAUGGCUCACAGGGUCCCCGGGGCUCUCCGGCCAGCCUCCCCUAUACCUUGGCCCCAACCAUCCUGGCCAAAGAGCAUGGAGUCCCCUCGUACCCCUGCGAGGACAGUGCUCUUUGAGCGGGAGAGGACGGGUCUGACCUACCGCGUGCCCUCGCUGCUCCCCGUGCCCCCCGGUCCCACCUUGCUGGCCUUUGUGGAGCAGCGGCUGAGCCCCGAUGAUGCCCACGCCCACCGCCUGGUGCUGAGGAGGGGCACACUGGCCCGGGGCUCUGUGCAGUGGGGUGCCCUGCACAUGCUGGGGACGGCUGCCCUGGCGGAGCACCGGUCCAUGAACCCCUGCCCCGUGCACGACGCUGGAACGGGCACCGUCUUCCUCUUCUUCAUUGCGGUGCUGGGUCACACACCCGAGGCUGUGCAGAUCGCCACGGGCAGGAACGCCGCGCGCCUCUGCUGUGUGACCAGCCAUGACGCAGGCCUCACGUGGGGCAGCGCCCGGGACCUCACCGAGGAGGCCAUCGGCAGUGCCGUGCAGGAUUGGGCCACAUUUGCAGUGGGCCCUGGCCACGGUGUGCAGCUGCCCUCAGGCCGCCUGCUGGUGCCCGCCUAUACCUACCGCGUGGACCGUCGAGAGUGUUUUGGCAAGAUCUGCCGGACCAGCCCCCACUCCUUCGCCUUCUACAGCGAUGACCACGGCCGCACCUGGCGCUGCGGGGGCCUCGUGCCCAACCUGCGCUCAGGCGAGUGUCAGCUGGCGGCGGUGGACGGGGGGCAGGCCGGCAGCUUCCUCUACUGCAACGCCCGGAGCCCCCUGGGCAGCCGCGUGCAGGCGCUCAGCACCGACCAGGGCACCUCCUUCCUGCCCGCAGAGCACGUGGCCACCCUGCCUGAGACCGCCUGGGGCUGCCAGGGCAGCAUCGUGGGCUUCCUAGCCCCCACCCCCAGCAGGCCACAGGAUGACGGAUGGUCAUUGGGCCCCGGGAGCGCCCCCCACCCUCCACGCCUCCAUCCUGGAGUCCGUGAACCCCCCGAAGAGGCUGCUGGAGACCCCCGUGGAGGCCAGGUGCCUGGAGGGCUCUUCAGCCAUCCGCAGCCUCAGGGUGACGGCCCCAGGCCUGGGGUCAUUGGAGAUGUGGGGUCCUGGACCCUGGUGCCCCCACUGCCCUCUGCCACCGCACCCCAGAGCACCACGUGGCUGCUGUACUCCCACCCCGUGGGCCGCAGGGCUCGGCUGCACAUGGGCAUCCGCCUGAGCCGGUCCCCACUGGACCCGAACAGCUGGACGGGGCCCUGGGUGGUCUAUGAGGGCCCCAGCGGCUACUCCGACCUGGCGUCCAUCGGGCCGGCUCCUGGCGGGGACCUGGUCUUUGCCUGCUUGUUUGAGAGCGGGACCAGGACCUCCUAUGAGGAGAUUUCCUUCUGCACAUUCUCCCUACAUGAUGUCCUAGAGAACGUGCCUGCUGGCCCCCAGCCGCCCACCCUUGGGGACAAGCCUCGGGGGCGCUGCUGGCCCUCCUGACAGGCCUCCUGGCUGUGCCCAUGCCCCUUGGGUGCCUGGGGAGGAGGGGUGGAAUAUGCUGGGGUGCCCCAGGAUGGAUGUGGGGGGUC